AUGUUCAUCCAAACUGAAACGACGCCGAACGAUGACUCUCUGAAAUUCAUCCCGGGGGUUCCGGUCAUGGGUGAAGAAGGCACCGCAGAAUUUCUCAAUGCAAAGUCUGCUUUUGCGUCACCGCUGGCCCUGAACCUCAUGGGAAUUCAGGGCGUGACUACUGUGUUCUACGGUCCCGAUUUCAUUACUGUAUCAAAAGAUUCUGAAAGUCACUGGCGGGUGCUAAAGCCGGAGAUCUUCUCUCUUUUGAUGGAAUAUUUCUCUUCUGGGAAACCUCUUUUCACAAGUCAGGAGGACAGAGAGAGAGCCGGACCGCAAGAUACUCGCAUUUUGGACACAGAUUCUGAGACUGUGGCCAUGAUCAAAGAAUUGCUGGAGACUAGAGUCCGACCGGCUAUUAUGGAAGACGGAGGAGAUAUCGAAUACCGUGGGUUCGAUGAAGACGGGACCGGACUGGUAAAGGUGAAACUCAAGGGAAGCUGCAGAGGCUGCGACUCUAGCACAGUCACUCUAAAAAGCGGUAUUGAACGAAUGCUUAUGCACUACAUCCCGGAGGUGAAGGGCGUGGAACAGGUUCUGGACCCAGAAGAAGAGAUUGCACUUAGUGAAUUCUCAAAACUGGAGAAGAAACUAGAGUCUCAGCAAAAAGAGGCCAAACACGCCAGGUAA